GUUGGCUACUACGCUCAAAUUUUUGUAGGUUGUGUGAACUGGGAAGUAGAUGGGGAGAUGGACCGUGGAAAGGAUGUGUGGGACAGGGAUGAAUAUGAGGGGGGGGUUGGAGGAUGGUACGAGAAUUUGUUGGUGCUCUCUAUCCAGGGCAACUCUGAGAGACUGUGAGAGUGUCGACGUCGACGGUGCCACUCAUUUGCACCUGGGUGAUGGAGACCGGGCGGGUGAGUGGGAGGUGGAGCAAGGGCGCGUGGCAGAGGCGGUGGUUGUGGUGGAGAAGAGACAGGGAACGAGAGAGAUCGGUGUGAAUAGUGGAAAGGUUGACGACAACAACAACAAUAACAACAACAACAACAACAACAACAACAACUACAACAACAAUCAUGACGACGGCUGCAGGGAUGAACAUGAGCGGGGGGUUGGAGGAUGGUACGAGAACCUGAUGGCGCUCUCUGUUCAGGGAGGCACUGAGAGUGCCAACGUCGACAGUGUCACUCAUUUGCAGCAGAGUGUUGGAAGCCAGGCAAGUAUGUGGGAGGUGGAGCAAGGGCUCAUGGCAGACGGCAACAACAAUUACAACAACAAUAACAAUAAUGACAACAACAACAACAUCAACACUAACAACAACAUCAAAAACGAUGACGAGCAGAUAAUGGCAGUCGGUGAGAUGGGCGUGGCGGAUGAUGACAGCAACAACAACGGGGACACCCAUUUGCAGCGGGGUGAUGGAGACCGGGCGGAUGAGUGGAAGGAGGAGCACGAGUGUAAGACAGAGGAGGUGGUUGUGGUGGAGGGGAUGCAGAGAUUCGGCGAGAUCGACAAGCAGGGUGCGAGGGUGGACGGCGAUAACAACAACAACAACAACAACAACAACAACAACAACAACAACAACAAUAACAACGACAACAACUUCAGCAACGACCGCGAGCAGCGACUGGGCAAAACAGGCGAGACGGGCGUUUUAAGAUGAUUCGUUUUUUCUUUUUUGGCACCGGGUGGGAGUAGGAUAGAUGAUCUCCCCCUCGUUGAUCAAGGAUGAUUGGUUCUCAACUCUCAUACCCUCAACUUUUUCUCACGUGGCCUCAUGAGGGGUUUGUUGAUUACAUUUUGAUUGUACGUUUUACUUUUUUUAGGUUGAUUCCUUGAUUGGGGUGGGGUGAGUUUUUCUUCCCUUGCGUAGGGAAGUAGUUAUUGUCUCCGCUCCUCUCCGUGAUGCAGGUGAGUUAUGCAUAUAUACUGAUUGGCUUCAUACACUGUUGUAUAGGGAUGCUGGACCCGA